GUGGCGGUGCCGUAUGGGCAUUGAAUAACUUGAGGAGAAGAUCGGAACCCCUAUAAAUAUCACCUAUAGUCCAACGUCUAAGGACCUCUGAGAGGAUCCAGAUCCUAUAAUAUAUGAUCUAUCCUUGACACAGGCGCCCAUAUAUGCGCGCAGAGAGAGAGAGAGAGAGAGAGAGCAUGGAGAGUUCUAUAUUGCAAGGAUUGAUAUACCCACCCACUUGGUUUGUAAUGGUGAUGUCUGUGCUAACUGUAGCAUUCUUAGGGAACAAUGGGAUAACUGAAAUCAGAGGAAACCAGUUGCAGUACUCCAAAUUUUGGAACGUUGGGUCCCAAAAAUCUACAUUCAAAGUUUCGGGAAGAAAAGGCAUGUUCAUGGUGUAUUUCCCAGCAUUUCUCUUUGGCCUUGCCUCUUUCUGCCUUUUUCCAAACCAGGGUCUCAGGUUUAUUUUGGUUAAAUCUGCACUUACCAUCCAUUUCCUUAAAAGGACCCUUGAGGUGCUCUUCGUUCACAAAUACAGCGGCCCAAUGUUCGUCGACAUAGCAACUAUGAUCUCCCUCAACUAUUUCAUCAACACCGCACUCAUGAUAUACGCCCAACACCUCAACCGGGGCCUCAUGGAGCCCCAGGUUGACCUGAAAUAUCCCGGAAUCGCCAUCUUUCUCGUGGGACUGAGUGGUAAUUUCUACCACCAUUGCCUUCUUUCUAACUUGAGGGGUGAGGGCAAGCAAGAGUACUACAAGAUUCCAAAGGGGGGUUUGUUUAGUCUGGUGAUAUGCCCACACUAUCUCUUUGAGAUUCUAGGGUUCAUAGGGGUCUCCUGCAUUGCUCAGACAUGGAGUGCAGUCUCCUUCACCCUAGGCUCAGCCAUACUGUUGAUGGGAAGGAGUUAUGGCACCAGGAGAUGGUACCUCUCCAAAUUUGAAGACUUUCCUGAAGAUGUCAAGGCUAUCUUUCCAUUUGUAUUUUAACCGCGGCCUGUUCGUUAGGGACAUAUGGGAGGCGGAUAUAUAUAGAUCGCUCCCGGACCUAGAAAUCCAGAUAUCGGAUAUAGGGCGCUUAUUUUCUCGAAUUAUUAAGUUUUAGUAAUCUCUUGUUGCUUCAUGUGUUGUUUUAAUCAGGACUUUGUUUAAAUCCCGAAAUUAUAAGGAUACUGUGAGGUUAUUUUUUUUGUUCCCCGUUAA